UACGCAUCAUCAGAUUCUUAUAAGUUUUCUUGUAGAUCGGAAGACGUGUGUGGUAAUAAUGAAAAAUUUAUUGUUCGUUUUGUUAAUUAUUGCUGCUGUUGUCAGUAUUUCCUUAUGUCAGGAUGCUGAUGAUCUGCCACAGGACCCAGCUCGUUGUGCUGAGAAACCAAUUCUUCAAAGUUUAUGUCGAGCUAGAAAACCACGAUUCUACUACAAGACUGAAACGAAUGAGUGUUUAGAUUUCUUCUACGGUGGAUGUGGUGCUAAUGGCAACAUUUUUAAGACUCGUGAAGAUUGUGAAAAACUUUGUAAGAAAUAAUUAAUUGGUAAACAUUAAAACGUUGAUGGAAA